CUGAAAUUGCCCUUUUUAAGACGAAGAGAGAAGGGUGAGAAAGCCGGAAAUCAUGGCAACUGACGGCGCGGCGGUGGAAGUUAGCGGAGCAUCGGCGGAGCAGACUCCUCAUCGGUUAGACAAAAAGUGGACGUUUUGGUUCGAUAAUCAAUCUAAACCUAAACAAGGCGCCGCUUGGGGGAAUAAUCUUCGCGAUGUUUACACCUUCGACACCGUCGAAGAGUUUUGGUGUUUGUACGAUCAUGUAUUCAAGCCGAGCAAGCUGCCUGGAAAUGCUGAUUUUCAUCUGUUUAAGGCUGGGGUUGAGCCCAAAUGGGAAGAUCCACAGUGUGCUAAUGGAGGCAAGUGGACAGUUACUAGUAGCAGAAAGGCUGGUCUUGAGACUAUGUGGCUUGAAACGCUAAUGGCUUUAAUCGGUGAGCAAUUCGAUGAUGCUGAUGAAAUAUGUGGUGUCGUUGCUAGUGUCCGUCAAAGGCAGGAUAAACUUUCUUUGUGGACUAAGAACGCAGCUAAUGAGGCUGCUCAGAUGAGCAUUGGAAGAAAAUGGAAGGAAAUUAUAGAUGUAACUGACAAGAUCACUUACAACUUUCAUGAUGAUUCCAAGACAAGAACAUCAAAAGGUCGAUACAGCGUUUGAAGUCUUCUUAUUCUGUUGAAGACAUGCCUACACUGAGUCGCUAAAAAGAAUUUGCAAGCUCUUUUACUGCAAAUCAAGUAGAAUUAUGCCUGUCUUCUAAGUUGUGGUGAUGUGUUUAAUGCCUGUAAUAUUCGGGAAUUUUCUUUUCAUGCUUCAUAAGCUUGAAAUUUACUUUUCCAUUGAUGUACAAGCAAAUUUUGCAUUUCUUUAAUUUUGGACAUGUAUUGAACCUUGCUGCAUUAUUUUCUACCUUUGAUUGAAGUUUUGACUUUGUAUUGCAUGUGAUAAACAGAACUCUUACUUAUCAAUGUGUU